GCGGAGUAGCCCGGGACCAUGUUCGGGAGCGGCGGAGCGCUCCUGCUGCUGCUGGCAGCGCUGCUCGGUGCCCCGGCCAGCGCGCAGCCCAAGGGGGAAGACGCCUGCCGCCCCGUCCGCGCCUCCUUCCAGGUGCUGCAGCCCGGAGCCAAGUGGGUGCCUGAGAGCCCAGUGCCAGGCUCUGAUCUCCAAGUAUGUAUCCCCAAGGGCUCCACAUGCUGCUCCAGGAAGAUGGAGGAGAAGUACCAGGCAACAGCCCGCCUGACCAUGGAGCAGCUCCUGCAGUCUGCCAGCAUGGAGCUCAAGUUCCUUGUCAUCCAGAACGCUGCUGUCUUCCAAGAAGCCUUUGAGAUUGUGGUGCGGCACGCAAGGAACUUCACCAACAGCAUGUUUCGGAGCCACUACCAGAGCAUGGGGCCCAGAGCCCUGAAGUUUGUCGGAGAACUUUUUACUGAUGUCUCUCUGUACAUCCUGGGCUCUGACCUCAGUGUCAAUGACAUGAUCAAUGAGUUCUUUGACAGUUUAUUCCCUCUGGUUUACUCGCACUUGCUGAAUCCCGGCUUCCCCGAGCCCUCCGUGGAGAUGGCUGAAUGCCUGCGGGCAGCCAGGAGGGACCUCAAAGUCUUUGGGAACUACCCAAAGAUGAUGAUGACGCAGGUGUCCAAGUCGCUGCAGGCCACCCGAGCCUUUCUGCAGGCUCUCAACCUGGGGAUUGAGGUGAUCAACACCACCGACCACCUGAAGUUCAGCAAGGACUGUGGCCGAGCCCUGCUGAAGAUGUGGUACUGCUCACACUGCCAGGGGCUGCUCCUGGCCAAGCCCUGUGCCACCUACUGUGCGGUGGUGAUGCAAGGAUGCUUGGCGGGUGUCAUAGAGAUCGAUAACCACUGGAGAGAGUACAUCAGGGCUCUGGAGGGGCUGACCAAAGGCAUGCAUGGCAUCUAUGACAUGGAGCACGUCCUCCUGAACCUCUUCUCCUUGGUACGGGAUGCAAUCAUCUACGUGCAGAAGAACGAAGGAAAGCUCUCCCCAACUCUCAGCCGGCUGUGCGGCCACGCUCAGCAGAGGCAGUACCGAGCAGCCCGUUACCCCGGGGACCUGUUCGUCGACAGCAAAGCCCUGAAGGCGACUCGCAUCGAGCAAGAGGAAACUUUGGCGAGCAGGAGGAGGGAGCUCAUCACGAAGCUGAAGUCCCACGGCAGUUUCUACAGCAGUUUGCCAGAGUACAUCUGCAGCCACAGCUCUGCUGUGCAGAACGACACUCUUUGCUGGAACGGACAAGAAGUCGUGGAGAGGUACAGUCCCCAGAUCACAAAGAAUGGAGCAAAAGCUCAGCCUGGCAAUCCUGAGGUGAAGAUGAAAGGUCCCGAGCCCGUGAUCAGCCAGAUUAUUGACAAGCUGAAACACAUCAACCAGCUGCUCAAAGGGAUGGCUUUGCCCCGCCGAAAAGCUCCAGGUAAAACCCCAGAGAAGGAGGAGGAGGAGAGUGGAGACUGCGAUGAUGAAGAUGACUGUGGCAGAGGCUCCGGGGAUGGAGAGCUGCGCGUGAGGAACCAGCUCCGGUUCUUAGCAGAGCUGGCAUACGACCUGGAUAUGGACGACACCUCUGCAAACAAGCAGCUUCUAAAUCAGCAAAGCAAAGGUGGUGCCACGGUCUCCAACAGUGACCCCAGGAAUGCAGCCCCCUGCCCCGGGCCUGCUGCUGCCAUCACCCUGCUCUUGCUGCUGCUGGGCCACAAGCUGUGAGCGGUGCUGGUGGCAUUGCUCCGUGGCCCUUUUCUUAAUGAGGAAGACAUUUGGAACCUCUCCUGGAAUAUAUGCACAUUUCCAAGGACAGAACAAAGGACUUGAGUGGGUUUUAUAAAGGAAUCUGGUAUCUUCCCACAAAAAAAAACCACAACGGAAAGGGGUUUGUUCAUGGUAAAUGAGUAAAUACGUAACAGUGCUUUUUAAAGAUAAUCCUGUUUAAUAUAAGAAGGUUCGUAUUAAACUGAGUUCCUCAUAGGUGUGGAAGACUGAGGUCUCCCUUGCUGUUCAGCCACAGACCUUAUCUCAUCUCGAGUCAUUUGAAUGUGUGUGGGGCUUAGAACGCCUACGGUUCAUGAAAUGCUCUCAGCAAGUAUCAGACCCCUGAUCCUACUUGACCUAAUACAGUUUUUGUCUGUAGUUCAAGCAGGUUUUGUACUAACUCCAGUUUCGAGGCUCACCCCUAGGAAUCUGGCCAGGCACACAGUACAGAGGGCGGGUGAAGACAGGGCAGAGACAGAGUCAGACGUGCGGUAGGAAGAAAGAUGCUGCAGAUGAGGAGUCGUGGUGCACCGGGAUUGCGGGCAGAUGUUCUUCCACGGGCACCAAGCGCACCUGCACUGUGGCAAGUUGAAGGGGAUUUUGCUGCUCACAUCCCAGGGAGGUCCUGCGAAGCCCUUCAGUCGCCACCAGCGUCCCCGUGGCCCGUGCAAUGCCCUGGUUGUGUUCUGCAGAAGAGAGGCACCUCCUUUCCCACGGGAAAUCUGCAAACAGAGCUCCAGCCAAGGGACAGACGGCACGGAGGUACACGCGGUGCUUCACAGGGAUGAAUAACAGCAUCCAACUCAUUGUGCUGCAAGGGAGGAAAAGAAAAGGAUUUGCAGAAGCCCGAGGCAGAUGAGACUCUUACUCAUGUGUUUCUUUGCAUGUUACUUUACUUAAGCUAUCUCCAAAAUAAAGAUUGAUUGCUCUAUAAA